CUGCGAAGGCGGAAGAAAACACGGAAGUGCAACAAGCUAUCGCAACAGGACGGAGCGACGCGUACGUUGUGGGCAGCUUUAGGGCACAUUGAACCAAAAUGGACUUUAAUUAAAUGCGUUACGGUGCUGUUGAGACUUUUUUAUUAUUCCGCUUGUUGGUUUAAUCAGCGCCUUUCAGUGUUUUUUGCACCUAACAGCCUAAAUGGAGAAGGAUAGCGGUGUUGUUUUGGCCACGGAGAGAUAUGGCAGUGCGGAGUCCUGGAAGUAUUUUGGAAAGAGAGAGGGAGUGAUGGAGAGGAGAAGAGAUGAGGGUGAAGGCGGGUCAAGGGGCAGCUCUGUUGUUGGAGUUUUUAAAAGUGUCUUUCUGCCUCAAGGCUACCCAGAGAGUGUCAGCAACGAUUACCUGCAGUACCAGUUCUGGGAUACUAUGCAGGCUUUCUCCAGCUCUCUGUCAGGGACUUUAGCCACUCAGGCCUCUCUUAAAGGCGUCGGUGUUGGAAACCAGGAGGCAACAGUAGCUGCGGCCACCUUCACCUGGUUGCUAAGAGAUGGAGCUGGCAUGUUGGGGAGAAUCCUCUUUGCUUGGAAGAAAGGGAGUAAACUUGACUCUGAGGCCAAAAAAUGGAGACUUUUUGCUGAUAUUCUCAACGACAUCGCCAUGUUCAUGGAAAUAUUGGCUCCAUACUUUCCUGCUUUCUUCAUCCUGAUUGUAUGUGCUGCAGGGAUAUUCAAGUCCAUCGUUGGAGUGGCAGGCGGUGCGACCAGAGCCGCUCUGACUGUUCAUCAGGCUCGCAGGGACAACAUGGCUGAUAUCGCAGCCAAAGACGGCAGUCAGGAGACUUUAGUGAACCUGGCUGGACUGCUGGUCAGUUUCAUUCUCAUUCCCCUCGUCACUGAUAAUCCAAUACUGACUCUCAGCCUCUUCUUCCUCUUCACCGUCCUCCACCUCUUCGCCAACUACAAGGCUGUGCGAUCAGUUGUCAUGGAGACCUUCAACGAGGCGCGGCUUUCCAUCGUCCUGCAGCAGUACCUGAAAGACCGACUCAUCUUGAGCCCACUUGAGGCCAAUCAGAGAGAACCGGUUUUGUUGGAGUUUAGGAAAACUGUGCCAAUCAGACUUGGAGUGAGGCUACAAGAGGUUGUAAGAAGCCCAGUGGAUCUUGAUUUGGCUUUGAAGAAUAACAACAUGCCUUUCCUGUUAGGAGUACAAAAUGGCUGCGUGUGUGUUUGUUUGGCACCAGAAGCAUCAGUUCAGGAUGAAAUAAGAGCAAUGUGCCAAGCGGUGUGGCUCAGCAGCAUGUUGAGCCUUCCAACUUCAGCAGAACCUGCUCCACAACAACAGCAAAGGAACUGGAUAAUGGUGCAUGAGAGUUACAAGCUGAUGGACACAAUUUUCAAUCCAUUUCUUAAAGGUGUGGAAGCUGCGGGAUGGGACAUGAAACGAACUCUGCUGGACUGGGAUGAGUGGAGGGUCGAGUGGAAAACCAAAAGCAGCUGAACUGUGAUACAUCUGCAGUCAUUUUGCAUUGGUUAUGUGACAUUUUUAAUGUUGAUUUAACAUUCAUUGAUUUAAGUAUCCCUUUUUGAUUAGUGCCAUGUUCAAGUCUCAACGGGCUUGAUACAAGUCGAGUAAAAAAUCUGUAUUUGUACAAAAAUAUUUUUAUUUUUACAGGUAUAUUGAACAUCCAAACUGGACGGUCAGUGACCAAAUGUUAUUUACUGAAUAUCACUUUUUUUAUUUUUGGAAUUUUGCUAUCAACUGUAAAAGACAACGUAUGUUUCUGUGUGCAAAUUUCAUAAAAAAUAUACAAUACUA